AUGGUGCUAUUAAACCCUCCUAACCAUGCUGUCAAUGGUGUUGAGGCCUCGUCCAUUUUGGGCACUCGACGGACCUCUCAAGUUUGUGACCGAUGCCGACUGUAUGCCCGUUCAAAGCCCUCAGUCGCUGGAGAAGGAUCAAAUGUGACGGUCAGCGGCCCAGGUUAUGUCGAGCCGACACAGACUAUCAUCGCAACUCUGGAGGGGCGUCUAGAAGAAGCCCAGGCAGAGCUUCAUCGAACUCAAGCCUUGAACCAACAACUACUGCACGAAGUCCAAUUUCUCAAGGCCCAAUUCAAAAAAGCCACUUCUGCUUCUUUAUCUUCUUCUUCUACAGGUGUUGUUACUCACCAGGGCCCAGGUAGCUUUCCAUGUUCCACAUCAUUGCCACCACCACCACCACCACCACCACCACCACCACCACCACUGUCCUCCACCGUGGACGUCUCGGGCGGCGAUGCGUGCGAGGACUCGAUAGACGAACCCGUCUUGCGACACCUUGGGCGUCUGGUCCAGGACGGGUAUGGCUCUUUCUUCUUUGCCGGUUCGCCCUCGGGAAUCCAUUUUGUCCUGUUGGCCCAACGGCAGUAUCAGAAACUAUUUGCUACCCAGGAAGUGUUUCCUGAGUGGAUGUUCCGACUAAAUCUGACCCCUGUCCUCCCCAGCCAAGGCCGGGGCAGUGUCUAUCCUGCAACAUUGCCAUCCACUAGCAACGUCUCUCACUCCAACACCAAUUCGACCUCAUCAACUGGGUUUAUGUUUGGCUCCCUCCAGGGGCCGGAUUACCCCCGAGAUUUCUACUCUCGCCAUGUUAGCACGUUCCUCGGCACCUGGUCGUCCUUGUAUCCCAUUUUCCCUCCCGACCAGCUCGCCGAUGUGGAUAUGAUCGGUGAUGUUGUCCGGACCUCCAUUGAGAAUGGUCGUCGAGAUUUACCUCGCCGAUUCAGUUUGAUGGCGAUUGUGGCCUUGAACGCUUUGGCCGAUCUAUACAUCAAGAAGACGGAUUCUGAUGCCAUCCAAUAUUCCGUCAAUGCACACACGCAAGGGAAGAUACGCCAAUUUCUUGCCGAUACUUAUCUACAGGUUGCAACCAUAGGCAGCUUCUCGAGUCUUCAGGGAAUCCUCGUAUAUCUCUUAUUCCUUCAAUCCAUCCGAGAAAACUCGUUGGCCAUCCAGAUCAAUGGCGUUUCUGUGAGGCUAGCCCAGUCUCUCGGGCUUCAUCGACACUCGAGACGUUUCAAGCACUCUCCAGAUGAGACGGAAAUGCGAAAACGGGUCUGGUGGUGUGUCUAUAUUCUCGACGUUCAUACAUCCAUCAAACAUGGGCUUCCUAGAUUGAUCCAGCAGAAGGAUGUCGAAGUCGACACAUUUGCGGAUGCCGAUUUUCCAGAGAUGUCAAUCCAGCAGCUCCCCUCGAAUAAUACACUCGGCGAACCACAAACUCUCUACUGGUUCAUCCAGCAUAUUCGCAUUGCACAGAUUUUGGGUCGUUGCCUGGACGAACUCUACAAGACACACUCUCGUAGAGGGGGGCCGGCAAAGAUUGCCCGACUGGAGCUGGACCUUCAGAGGUGGCGCCAGAACCUCCCCUUGUCGACCGCCACGCCUCCACUUGGCCCAGAUGUCCCGAGAUUAUCUCCAAAUGAAAUCAGGGGAGGAGACCUACUUCCAACGAGGUGGGCUCUCCUCCUGGGGGAGCUGGCGACUAUUCUGAUUCACCGACCGGCAUUGACGUUUAACCACCGGGUCCCGCAGUUUGCCAACAGCUUACAGGCAUGUGUCCAUGCCUCGGAAAAUAUCCUCUCCAUCUUUAAAUCGGGAGCAGACCAACAACAACUACGGCAGCUGUGCUUGUUGCUCCAACCUUGGCCGUCAGGAAUUGACUUGAUUGCACAUAGUGCACUCAUGCUCUUGUACAGCCGGUGGGUCGGACUCGACGAGCUUUCCAUUGCCAAUUCGUCACACCGCUUGGACGCGGAGCCUGCAGGACUUCCACGCAGGGAGCAUCACUCCUAUUCCUGCGGCACCACGAGCCUGAGCAAGUCCGUGGACGGAGUGCGAGCAGCAAUAGACCUGGCCUCCUUGUUGCAAGCUCGAUUUCGUGAUACACAACUCCCAAAUGAUCCGGCGUCGUCGUCAUCGUCAUUAUUGGUGAACAACUCCAAUGGUCACGGUCAUGGCCAUGGCGCUCCCCUAGCCAGAAUGACAAUUCUCCUCGAGUCUCUUCUGAAACUCACCUUACAACAUGAGUCUCUCCAUCUUUUUGGCGCCGCUCCCGAAACCCUGCUACCUCCGGGAUCACAAUCGGUCCUCUCCACCGAAAAUUUAGCAUCCCUGUCAUCACCAACAUCAACACAUGUAGAUGGUCUCGGUCCCCUUGGUUCGACCUCGUAUCCCUCGUUGAUGUCGCCGUCGUCGUCAUCAGCACAACACCUCGUUGCGCCCCAGCCUGAAUAUCCGGCCGACGACAGCUGGAAUGUGCGCCAACUGAGCCUGCUGAACACCAUUGACGACUCCCCCAAUUGGAUGGCGUGGGAUUUGGAGGCAUUCAAUCAGAUGGAUCUUGACCCCUGGACCGAUUUCCCCCUUUUAUCAUGGGACUAUGGUACCUACGAGUAGUCAUCCUUCUCCAAAGAAGGAGCAAACAGACA